AACAGACAGGAGGUCCCGGGGACUCGGCCGGGAGAUCCCUGCGAUCCUGAUGGGGGGAAUCGGGCCAGGAUCUGUGACGAUUAGACACGGCUGAUCAGGCAGCUGUGAGGCCGUCCUAAAGGGGUCCUUGAUGAGCGGAUGGCGCACCCAGCGAGCGGGAUGGAGGAUUCAGAUACUGAGUAUGAACCGAUUCCAACGAAUAUUCCAGGAGUGGAUCCUGGAGAGCCCAUUGGAUUUGAAUGGGGCCCUACACAAAUGUUGCUCUAUCCAACACGGCAUGACCGGACAGAGAGUGCCCUUGGCAGUUCCUCGAGGAUGCCCUUCAUUCAAGUUGUCCACAAUGAUAAGGAUGUUUACUCGCCAAUUCUGAGUAAACUUUUCAAUGAAUCACACGGCAUUUUCAUGACACUUCAGAAAUCCCAGAUGGAUUGCACUACCCAGAAAACAGAGUUAGUCUCUAUCAGCAGGAACUAUCGCUCGGUGAUAAGAGCUUACCUGGAAGAACUGCACAAAGCUGCAGGAAAUGUUUUCUCUCAGGAUCCAGCUACCUCAGUACAGUAUGAGGAUCAGGUUUCAAUUCUGUCUGCGAUGGAGCUGAUCUGGAAUCUUUGCGAGAUCCUUUUCAUUGAAGCAGCUCAAGCUGGUUCUCUCAUGUCACUCCUUCUGGACUGGAUCAGAGUACAUAUUUGCCAGGUGGAUGCUAUGACUGGUCAGGUCCUGGAUUCUGAAAACCCUGCAGAACAUCUGUACUACUGGAAUGUGGUUACUGGCUACGUUCUACAAGGUCGGUUGGAGGAAGCUCGACAGAUGCUGGUUAAGAAGGCUGUGACUCAACCUGCACAAAGUUCCAUGUACAUGUCUAUGGAUGAACUGAUGAGGAAGAUGCCCAUUUUCUUUCAUGGCAGUAAUCAGACAGUAACAGAGUUCGAGUUGAAAUGGCGUCACUGGCAAGAGGAGUGUGACCGAUGCCUGAAAGAGGGAACUUUCGCAUCGAAUGGUGAGCUACUGCUAAUUUGUAAGAUCCUAGCGGGUAAUGAGGAUGCAUUGUUUGAAAAAAAGGAUCUCUUGUCUACCUGGUACCACUUCCUGGUCAGUAAGCUACUGUACUGUCACCCAACUAUAAAACCUACUGACCUUUUUCAAUAUGCUGAGCUGUGUCUGGAUCAUUUUGCUGCUUUUGGGAACCAGCCUGAGGCCCUGGACCGUAUCCUGUUGGCAGCAUUCGAAUUCAAUAUCCACCAGGUGUUGAAAGACUGCAGUGUCAUUCUGAAUAAUUGGUGGUUUGUGGCUCAUCUAACAGACCUACUGGAUCAUUGCAACCUCCUGCAGUCCCAUAAUCUUCAUUUUGGUUCAAAUCUUCGUGAAUUCCUCAUUCUGGAAUAUGCCUCUGGGCUCUUCAACCAUGAUAGCCUCUGGCAGCUGGCCGUGGACUACUUUGACCACUGUCCGCAGUUUGGUCGCAUUUACCUGGAGCUUUAUAUUGAGCGCGUACCUCUGAACACUGAACGCAAGGCACUGAAGGUGUUGAGAAUAUGUGAGCAGCGCCAGAUGACAGAGCAAGUGAGGAGCAUCUGUAAGAUCAUGGCGAUGAAAGCUGUGCACAACAACCGGCUGGGAUCAGCGCUCUCCUGGAGCGUUCGUGCAAAAGAUUCAUUCUUCGCAACUCUCAUCUCAGAUAGGUUACUUCAGGAUUACUCUGUUAAAGGAAGCUUUUCUGACUUCGACCUGAUCAGCAACCUGGGAUCAGCUAUGCUGCUGAGUGACCGGCUGACCUUCCUUGGGAAGUAUUGUGAAUUCCACAAGCUAUAUGGCGAGAUGCAGUUUGCAAAGGCUGCUGAUCUGCUGCUGUCACUGAUGACUGCUCGCAUUGCUCCAAGAUCUUUCUGGAUGAUGCUGCUUCUGGAUGCUCUUCCCAUGAUGGAACAGAAGGAGGUGAUCUUUUCCACAGAGCAGACAUACGCACUCAUGCAAUGCCUUGAGGAUAUGACAGCAGAUGAUACUGAGAGUGAAAGGGAGAUGAGAGCUCUGGGGGGUGAGGAUGAGGUGGCGACUACACAACUGGGCCUCCUCCGAUUGGCUUUCACUCGGAAUCUGGCAAAAGCCAUUGUCCAUGAAGGAACACGUCACGGAUCCUGAAACUGAGCUGGAAUUGCAAUCUAAGCAUUAGCUCUGCCAGCCCGGGCUUGUAAAUAAAGGUUUUUUUUUUCCAUGGUUUUGAAUUUUGUGCAGGCAUUCCAAAUUAAAAUGAUUUUGUAUCCAAA